AUGGACGAUUCGUAUCUCUACACACCUCCCAAUCCGUCGGUGGGAAAGCUGAUUAGAUGGAUAGUCAUCUUGCUUUUAUUAAGAGUGAGAAAUCCUUUGCGGCUCACGGCUUUUCUCUCCCUCAAUCCUACCAUCAGAAACCUCAUAUCAAAUUGGCUCAAGGAACACUCGAGACUCAAGGACCCAGAGACCGUGGAUAGAAGAGCUCGCAAAUUGGCCAACUUAGCGACAGUUGGGUUUUUGUUUCUGGCUGUUGUAAACAAUGACCAGAUCCCCAAGGACUACUGGCUGAUCUACUUCUACUCUGCGUAUUACGGUGACUUGAACCCUCCAAGCUCGCGAAUAACAGUAUAUCCGACUUUAUCUAAGGCUAUAAAGUUCGACAAGAUCAAGAAGAAUUCUUGGGUACGUUAUCUCUACGUUAGGAAACAUUACAUUAUCUUCCCCCUCAUUUUUGGUCAGCUAUUAUCGAACUAUUUGACUCCCACAAGAUACAAGCUUAACCAUCGGUACUUAUCCGCUUCGAUUAAAAAUUAUAUUUUUAACCCUAUUUGGGUUAACUACCGCUUAGGUGUUAAUUCACAGCAGGUGCAUUGGGCUGGCCUAUUGCAAUCUUAUAUUAAGCACAACGUUGUUUUAGCUGGGGUAUACGGAGCGCUUUUAUUCAAAAAGCAACUCUUGGACCGCUACUAUGAGGUCUCCAACAAUAUAUUCGGCUAUGAUACCUCAAUUAAAGAGAUCGUCUACCGAUACCUAGCCUUAGUGGGUCACAAGGCAAAUGCCAUGGCCAACUUCAUUUACGGUCCAAAUUUAAUUUCCAUGUUUCUUUUGUCUUUGACUGCUCCUCUACUCACGCGAGUGGGAUUUGUUAGGAAUGUUUAUUUAAGCGAUAUCAAAUCGUUUAUCAAGAACUACAUCAAAGCAAUCGGCUUUAUCGCUGCUUUUGCUACCAUGUGCACCGAAUCACAGCAACUAAUACCCAGCUACGGCUUCCCUUGGGUAUAUGGAGAUCCCAGAAGUGUUCGUUCAAUAUCCACUCAAUUCUAUGACGGUCUCAACUCAUAUUUGGCUCGUUUGAUCAUCCUUUCUAAGUGGAGAAUUCUCAAGGAUAAUCACAGAUGGUUCUCCUUGAUCAACAUAGCCAACUGGGACCGUAUUGAGUCCGUUGUGCUAUGCUACGGUGUCUGGAACCUCAUGAACCUCAAUGACUAUGUUCGCAAACACCCCUACCAAAGAGAGUGCCAACGCCUCGAGAACGACUCUCUCAUACGUGCAGUUGAUAGAAUAAUGAAUUAA